AUGGGGAAAAGUGGACAGAGAAGUGGAAUAGGACACGGGGGUUGCAGCUUGGUGAGGAUGUGCACCACGCCGGGGAUCCUGCUCCUCCUGCUGCUCCUACACCGAGGAGUCGCCCAGGUGAGAGAUGAUGAUGAUUUCCUGAGUCUCAGCGAACUCCCGGAAACCUUCCCCUCCGACCCUCCGGAGCCCUUACCUCACUUCCUGUUUGAACCCGAGGAAGGCUACAUCGUCAAGAAUAAACCUGUCAAUCUCUACUGCAAAGCAACACCUGCGACUCAGAUUUACUUCAAGUGCAACAGUGAGUGGGUCCAUCAGAAGGACCACACUGUGGAGGAGAGGGUGGACGAAAACUCAGGUCUGGUCGUAAGAGAAGCCAGUAUAGAAAUUACACGGCAGCAGGUCGAGGAGCUGUUUGGUCCUGAAGAUUACUGGUGUCAGUGCGUGGCCUGGAGCUCAGCUGGAACCACCAAAAGCCGGAAGGCACACGUCCGCAUUGCAUACCUGAAGAAGUCAUUCGAACAGGAACCUCUGGGAAAGGAAGUAUCUCUGGAACAGGAAGUGCUGUUACAGUGUCGCCCUCCGGAGGGCAUACCAUCUGCUGAGGUGGAGUGGUUGAAGAACGAAGAAAUAAUUGACCCAGCAGAGGACCGAAACUUCUACAUCACCAUCGACCACAACCUGAUCAUCAAACAGGCGCGUCUGUCUGACACAGCCAACUACACGUGUGUGGCGAAGAACAUCGUGGCCAAAAGACGGAGCACGACGGCCACUGUCAUUGUUUACGUGAACGGCGGUUGGUCAACAUGGACAGAGUGGUCGGUGUGUAACAGUCGCUGUGGACGGGGCUUCCAGAAACGAACCCGCAGCUGCACUAACCCCGCCCCCCUCAACGGAGGACUGCCGUGUGAUGGACAGGCCAUUCAGAAACUGCUCUGCACCACACUGUGCACCGUGGACGGUGUGUGGAUCGAGUGGAGUAAGUGGUCGGCCUGUGGAACAGAAUGUACCCAGUGGAGGAGGAGGGAGUGCAACAACCCAGCACCUAAAAACGGAGGGAAGGACUGCGAUGGGCUGGUGCUCCAUUCUCAGAACUGUACCGACGGACUCUGCAUGCAAAGUUCAUUGUUUCAGAUGUCAACUGAGACCAAAGAAAAGAGUGAUUUGGGAAUCCCAUCGGCUCCAAGCACGGAUGAUGUGGCGCUCUAUGUGGGCAUUGUCAUCGCAGUGAUCAUGUGCCUGGUCAUCUCGGUCAUCGUGGCGCUCUUUGUCUACCGCAAGACGCACCGGGACUUUGACUCAGACAUCAUCGACACCUCGGCGCUAAAUGGAGGCUUCCAGUCUGUUAAUAUCAAAACAGCCAGAUCAGCUGAUCUGCUGACGGCUCCUCCUGACUUGACAAAUGCAGCGGCCAUGUAUCGUGGUCCAGUGUACGCCCUCCACGACGUUUCAGAUAAAAUCCCAAUGACCAACUCCCCUCUCCUGGACCCUCUACCCAACUUAAAGAUCAAAGUGUACAAUUCAUCCGGUCUGGUCACACCGCAGGACGACCUCGGAGGAGACUUCACUUCCAAACUGUCUCCCAAGGUAACUCAGUCUCUGUUGGAUAACAGCGACACCAUGAACCUUCGCAACCAGAGCUUGGCCCGAACACGAGACCCUUCCUGUACCGCUCAUGGAUCCUUCAACAACCAGGGAGGACACCUCAUUGUGCCCAACUCUGGGGUGAGUUUGUUGGUUCCAGCGGGUGCUGUUCCCCAGGGUAGGGUGUACGAGAUGUACGUGACUGUGCACAGGAAGGACAGCUUGAGACCCCCGGUAGAGGACAUCCAGACAGUGCUGAGCCCCGUGGUGAGUUGUGGACCUCCAGGAGCCCUGCUGACCAGACCAGUGAUCCUCACCAUCCACCACUGUGCUGAUAAUGUCCAGGAAGACUGGCUCAUUCAGCUGAAGAACCAACUGGCCAUGGGAGAGUGGGAGGAAGUGGUUGUGGUAGGAGAGGAAAACUUCACCACCCCCUGCUAUGUGCAAAUGGACUUGGAGGCAUGUCACAUCCUCACAGAGACACUGGGGACUUACUGCUUGGUGGGCCAGUCAAUCUGCAAGGCAGCUGCCAAGAGGCUCAAACUCGCUGUUUUUGGACCCUUAUCCUGCACAACGCUGGACUAUCAUAUCAGGGUCUAUUGUCUGGACGACACACAGGAUGCACUCAAGGAGGUUCUUCAGAUGGAGACCCAGAUGGGAGGGAAGCUUCUGGAUGAGCCAAAGACCCUGAACUUUAAAGACAGCACACACAAUCUGAGACUGUCGAUCCACGACGUGCCGCACACACACUGGAAGAGCAAACUCAUCGCAAAGUAUCAGGAGAUCCCAUUCUACCAGGUGUGGAGUGGCAGUCAGAGAACUCUUCACUGUACCUUUACCCUGGAGAGACUGAGCCCCGCCACCUCAGAGAUCAGCUGCAAACUGUGUGUGCGGCAGGUGGAAGGGGAAGGACAGAUCUUUCAGCUCAGCAACACAUUAGAGGAGGAGGUCCAGUGCAUAGACACGUCCCUGAUGGACCCAGCCAGUAGUAUCACAACCUUAGUGGGACCCAAUGCCUUCCGCAUUCCUUUAUCCAUCAGACAGAAGCUGUGUGGCAGUCUCGAUGCUCCACUGACCAGAGGCAACGACUGGAGGAUGCUGGCACACAAACUCAACCUUGACAGGUACCUGAACUACUUUGCCACCAAGUCCAGUCCAACAGGUGUGAUCCUGGAUCUCUGGGAGGCCCAGCACUUCCCGGAUGGAGACCUAAAUGAACUGGCCGCGGUGCUGGAAGAGAUGGGUCGCCAUGACGGUAGCUUCGCCUCCAUGACAACGGAACACUUCUGAAGCCUUGUGGUUACCUUGACAAUGACAGAACUCUGGAGACGAUUACAAGCAAAUUCUCUACGGUUGAUGAAAAAGAAAGUUGUCGCCAUGGUGAUUGAGCAUCGGUUAAACACCAUGGUAAUCAUGCCUACAUGGUAACAGACGAGAAAUGCUCGAGCCGGUGCUCGAAACUAUGUGUGUAUCUUUGUGUGUUUAUUAGAGCAACGUUUCAGUGUGCCGUGUCACCGAAGGAGACACAACCCGACCCACAACACAAAUACAGUCCAUCCGGAACAGACAAAACAUACACACAUCUGAUGUAAUUCAAGUUGUUUUCUUGUGGUUACUUCAUACUGAACAAAUAGAAGCAGAGAAAAGCAGCAGAGGUACUGACCUUGACAACCUCUGCAUGACUGGAAAAGAGUCACGAAGGGAGGGAAGAUAAACGGAUUACAAACGAAGAAGAGGAGUUAGAGUGAGGAAAAAGAGGGUGUGAUUCAGGGACGAGACUCUUUAGUAAGACCAGAGUAAACUAAGGGAGAGGAUAAGCUGAUUACAAAAGGGAGGCGGGACAUAAACAUAAACUGAUGGGAGAAGCCGCAGGUGAUCAUCUGUGAGAACGGACGGGAAACCGAUAAAGAGAGAGUGGAGGUACAGAAGCGAUCCCUCACUAGCGAGCCUCAGUACAGUUUCUCGUCUUCAUAUCGUUUCCUAGGGAAAGCUCGAUGUAUUCUGUUGCGUUUGCUACACAGUGACUGUCAAUCAAGGGUCCUGACCAGAAUCAAGACCGAGACCACAGGUUUCCCCUUUUUAGCUGACAUCAUAAGUGAUGUUUAAAUUUGUCUUUAUAUCAAGUAUCGAGUUUGUGGCUUUCCUCCUAAAUUCAUGCAGAUAUUGAGUCCCCCAGGUCACAGGAAGUCGAGAAGUACGAAGUCAAAGGCCAUUGAACUAGCUGUCCACUUGCCUUUAACUUGUGCCUCUGAUUUUCUUACAAAAGAUCAAGUCCAAAGAGGACAACACUCCUGAUGGAUUCAUGUGAACACCUAUUUCUUGUAUUCUUUGCAUUCGAGAGUUCACCCAAACAGAGGAACGGGGCAAAGAUGCACUGUCAGCUAUUCAUUCUCAUACAUACUUUAUUUUCAUGUUUGUUUUAUCGGAAUCAGCAUUUACUAAUUUUAAAAUGGUAUAUUUUCAUUCAGGUAAAUUCAAGAAAGGAGCAACACCCUUUCUGUAGUCGUUGUUGCGAUCACACGGAUCUUCAAGCCACAAAUGCAUAUUCCUAUUCCUUAAUUAUAAUCACGCGGUAACUUGUGUUGCUGCUGCUCCAUUCCUCCCUCAAGAGGAGUAGUUUGGAUGCAGAUGGAGUGCAGGCGCAGGGUGGGGAGUUCCAGCCAUGGCUCGCACAUUUGGUUAACAACAACCUCAACUCCAGGAGUGUCUCUGAAAGACCGUUAGACUUGUUUCUGGGUCCAACUCAGAGAGAACUGAAAAGGGAUGAAAUAAAAGACUUGUGUUUUGAAAUACAGUAAUACACAAACUACCAUAGUGAUAGUGAGUAAAAUACAGCUGAUAUCAUUCAAUGAUUUUAUUUUAUCAAUCAUAUUUUAUUUUACUAAAAUAUAUCUAGCCUACAGAUAUGUAUUUCCGACUAUAUUUGUCGUUCUCAUCACAGGAUGUCAGUUGUGUUGUCUACCGUCAGGCCACAUGUGAUUUCAAUUGUGGUCACCACCACGACUUGAUCAAGGUCACUAGCGCCAUCCAGUGGCUUUUGGAGAAUAACAGCAUUUACAUUUUUUGAUUGUCUGACAUGUGUAAAUACAUUAUUAUCAUGUUCAUUCUAAUGACCUUUUAAUAUCAUACUAUUUUUUGUUCAGUGGUCAUUAUUGUGUUAUUUACGUUGACAUUAUUUUCUUUGCCAUAUUUAUGUUUUUAUAGUUGUGAACUGUAUGUAACAUAUCAGUUAGUUGCCCUUUAUGUAAAACAAUGUUCUGUCAGCAACUCACAUUCCAACUCGUCAUGUAUUUGUUGAAAAAGUUUCAAUUCAGAGCUGAAUCUCAAGAUACCAACUUAAGGGGCCUACUGUAUGUAAAAUGAAGUGUAAUAUAUUUGUGUUUUACAGAACAUAUUGUAAUGAAUGCGUGGACACGGGUCAACAGUGUCUAACCAAAAGGUGAAACACGCCGGCUCUGAGGGAGGAAAACAGCCUUAUUUUGAGUGACUUUUGAAUAGCUGUCGGAUGCCUCUGGGGACAGGAACUCUAUUCACCACGUAGAGGACAAAAUUUACUUUCAGUUCAAAUAUUGAACAUCUGGAGUUAAGAUAUUUCUGCUCUGAACUAUGGAGAGACGCCAUAUGAAACGUAACAUCAGGUAUGGAGGAGAUACCGAGAAGAAUAUUGUAAAGACGACCGAGGAGGCAAAGGCUAAGUUAAAACCGGUACACAAGGUCAUCCCUUCACCUCUUCGUGACAGUUGUCAUCUUGCUUGACAAACUUUGAGACAAUAAUUUGACACAUUGAUUUCCUAUCAAUAUGGGAGUCAAACAAUCGGACCUCUUGUAUCGGUGUAAAACCAGACAGAGAAGUCAUGCAGGCCUCAAGAUGAUGAAUCUUUUCAUUUCGGACAGCCUUAUUAACGAAAUUAGAAAAGGGUCACAUGACGGAGUGGAUGUUUUGUAUGUUUUCAAAUGUAACCACAGAUUUCUAUAAGUUUUGAGGAUUAAAGCCUAAUACAUCAAGUCAUCCAUUCAGUAUGUUUCAGAACAAAAUAUCGACCCAAAGUUCACGACAGUGUCUCAUUCAUGACGACAUCUCUUAUUAACUCAAAUGCAGAAUACAAAAUCCAAUUAUAACUGAUGAAACGUGUGCAAGUAGAAGAUGUGUUAGAAAGAAAUGUAAGUUACAAAUUACAGUGUAACUAAAGCGUGGUCCUUGGCAUGUUGAGUCUACAGUUUACCAGCAGGGCAGACUGGGAAGGGGAGUUUUCAUGUGAGGGUGGCGAACGUUAGACCUCCAGAACGUGAUCCUUCUUGAUGAAAGUAGUGUUAAGAUAUCAAAGUAUGUAAAAAAUAUUUUGUAUCCACAAUAUGUACAGUUGUGUACUGUCAGCUAUAUUUGGCAAAUUUGAGAAUAUAAAAAGAGCAGUACAGUUAGAUACUAGUUUGUAUGUUUCUUUCUUUUUUUGUAAAAGCAGUGUCUACUAUGCAAACUUGGCAUUGGUUAUCAUGAUAGCAGUCUAUAACUAGAGCUGUGCUUGUAAGUGCAUUUUUAUUUUUAAUAUCAGGGGUGAUUUGGUUUGGUUAGUGUUGGGUAGUGAUGGUCCACUUUUGCUAAUUCUGGCACGCUUC